GCGAUUCGAAAUGUACGUGCACACGCAUCAGCAACUGUCUGGGGCGAUAGAAACUGGCCGGGGGAGUGUCACUCGCUAUAAGCACUUUCUUCCUGUUUCACUCCAACUAGCUAACUUCGAUUUAUUCCUUGUCGAUUUGUGAGUGUCUGAGAACAUUAGCUCCACAAAAGUCAUCCAUAGCUCGCGAGCUACUUGCCAGCUGCUGCUAGCACGCGUCUCACGACCCCGGGCUUCGUGUCGAGGUGGUGAGACCAUCUAAGAGUUGGUGUGUUUCCAGGUGUGGAGCAUGUGGACGUCCUGCUGUAACUGGUUCUGUCUGGACACUGCCACGGUGGAGGAGAGCAACAGCAGCAUGCGUCACCAGGCCUAUACUAACUCGGGUUACAGCAGCUACCCGUCGCCCCCACUCCCGGAACACACGUGCAAAGCCUGCGGAAGCCGCUUCGUCACCCUUGCCAGAAAGCAUGUCUGCGUGGACUGCAAGAAGAACUACUGCGGCAGAUGUUCGGCCCAGAUUGAGCCCCGGCAACGCCUUUGCCACACUUGCCAGCGGUUUCACGGCACGCUUUUCGAGCGCACCGAGCUGAUGAAGCUCAAGGUGAAGGACCUGCGCGACUACCUCCACCUGCACGAGGUCUCAACACAGAUGUGCCGUGAGAAAGAGGAACUGGUGGAGCUGGUCCUGGGACAGCAGACACCAUCAUCCUCUGGCCCAAUCAUAAACCCUCUGAACCAAACACAGACCCCCACCGUGACCCAGCAUGAGACAACUCCUCUUCCAGCCCCCACUACUACCACCACCACACCCUCCACACACCCCGACUCCACCUCCACAGACCAUGUCCCUUCACAGCUGCCACCCACUCAGGAGGGCAGUCAGACCCCGUCUGUGUUGGUGCCCUUGGGUCCUGAGGAGCCACUGGACACUGAGAGAGAUACAGAGCUGCAGGGAGAGCAGGAGCUGCAGUCCUCAGACACAGAUGAGGUGCUGGCGCCAGGCCGCAGGGCGUCGCUGUCAGACCUGGCCACGGCAGACGACAUCGAGGCCCUCAGCGUCCGGCAGCUCAAGGAGAUCCUAGCCCGUAACUUUGUCAACUACAAGGGCUGCUGCGAGAAGUGGGAGCUAAUGGAGAGGGUCACCCGCCUGUAUCACGACCAGAAGGACCUCCAGAAUCUGGUUUCAAGUACAAAUGACGGCACAGACCCCAGUGGUAACCCUGGCCAGGAGGAGAACAUGUGUAAGAUCUGCAUGGACUCUCCUAUUGACUGUGUUCUGCUGGAGUGCGGCCACAUGGUCACCUGCACCAAGUGUGGCAAGCGGAUGAACGAGUGCCCCAUCUGCAGGCAGUAUGUGGUGCGCGCCGUUCACAUCUUUAGAGCCUGAGACCCAAGCCUUGGGAAUCCCCACCCCUUCCCCCCCACCUACCUCCCGUAAAUUAACAAGGGACUUGCUAUAUGUGGCCUUACAUACAUAGGCUAGACCAGGAGCAUUCAACUCUUACCAUAUGAGGUCCGGAGCCUGUUGGUUUUCUGUUCUACCUGAUACAUAUUUGCAUCUACCUGGUGUCCAAGGUGUAAAUCUGUAUGUGAUUAGAGGGGAACAAUGGAAUGAAAGCAGUGGAACUGGCUUUGAGGUCCAGAGUUGAGUUUGAGGGGACUAGACUAACCUCCUCUCCCUCCAGUUCUCCACUGCUCUGAUGGUCCUGGAGACCCAGCGUACUGGUUCCCCCUGCUGGAGGGAUGACCAGGGGAGGUUAUACCUUCAAUAAACCACACAAACUCAAUGACCUCACAUGGGCACUUCUUCCUUUUAUUGACUGGACUCCUACAGCUCAUAUCUCCAAGCUGAUAAGGAUUAUUAGAAUAAGAGUGCCUAAUAACAUAUGCAUUUUUCCUUUGGAGACCUACUACUAGUAAAUACAGUAAGGGAUUAAUAUUAUAUAUAUAUAUAUAUAUACACACACAGUUCCUACGGAAAGUAUUCAGAACCCUAGACUUUUCCCACAUUUCGCUACGUUACAGCCUUAUUCUAAAAUAUAUUCAAUUGUUUUUUUCCGCCUCAUCAAUCUACACACAAUACACCAUAAUGACAUAGCAAAAACUUUACUUUAUGUUUGCUAAUUUAUUAAAAAUAUAAAACUGAAAUAUCACAAGUAUUCAGACCCUUUACUCAGUACUUUGUUGAAGCACCUUUUGGCAGCGAAUACAGCCUCGAGUCUUCAUGUGUAUGACACUACAAGCAGAUCCUCUCAAGCUCUGUCAGGUUGGAUGGGGAGCGUUGCAGCACAGCUAUUUUCAGGUCUCCAGAGAUGUUCGAUCGGGUUCAUGUCUGGGCUCUGGCUGGGGUACUCAAGGACAUUCAGAGACUUGUCCCAAAGCCACUACUGUGUUGUCUUGGCUGUGUGCUUAAGAACGUUGUCAUGUUGAAAGGUGAAACUUCACCCCAGUCUGUGGUCCUGAGCACUCUGGAUCAGGUUUUCAUCAAGGAUCUCUCUGUAUUUUGCACCGUUCAUCUUUCCCUCGAUCCUGACUAGUCUCCCAGUCCAUGCUGCUAAACAUCCCCACAUCAUGAUGCUGCCACCAUGCUUCACCGUAGAGAUGGUGCCAGGUUUCCUCCAGACGUGACGCUUGGCAUUCAUGCCAAAGAGUUCAAUCUUGAUUUCAUCAGACCAGAGAAUCUUGUUUCUCAUGGUCUGAGAGUCCUUUGGUGCCUUUUGGCAAACUCCAAGCAGGCUGUCAUGUGCCUUUUACUGAGGAGUGGCUACCGUCUGGCCACUCUACCAUAAAGGCCUGAUUGGUGGAGUGCUCCAGAGAUGGUUGUCCUUCUGGAAGGUUCUCCCAUCUCCACAGAGGAGCUCUGUCAGAGUGACCAUCAGGUUCUUGGGCACCUCCCUGACCAAGGCCCUUCUCCACUGAUUGCUCAGUUUGGCAGAGCGGCCAGCUCUAGUAAGAGUCUUGGUGGUUCCAAUCUUCCAUUUAAGAAUGAUGGAGGCCAUUGUGUUCUUGGGGACCUUUCAAUGCUGAGGGAAAAAAAUGUUGUACCCUUCUCCAGAUCUGUGCCUCGACACAAUCCUGUCUCAAGAGUUCUACGGACAAUUCCUUCGACCUCAUUGCUUGUUUUUUGCUCUGACAUGCACUGUCAACUGUUGGACCUUGUAUAGACAGGUGCGUGCCUUUCCAAAUCAUGUCCAAUAUGUUGAAUUUACCACAGGUGUACUCCAAUCACGUUUUAGGAAUAGGAUGAUCAAUGGAAACAAGAUGCACCUGAGAUAAAUUUCGAAUCUCAUAGCAAAGGGUCUGAAUACUUAUUUACAUGAGGUAUUUCUGUUUUUAAUUUUUCAUAAAUUAGCUUUGUCAUUAUUGGGUAUUGUGUAUAGAUUGAUGAGGAAAACAUUUUAUUUAAUCCAUUUUAGAAUGGCCAAAAUAUGGAAAGGGGACGGGGUCUGAAUACUUUCCGAAUGCAUUGUAUAAGCCCCAAGUGCUCUUAAUAAUGGAUUGGAUUCAUGUAACUGUUAGAGUUGAACCCCAGUAAAAGGGAAAGCAUUUACAUUAGUGGUUGAGCUGAGAACACAUCCAUAGGAUUUCUCUGUGUGUCUGUCGUUACUCUGCAUUCGGAAAAGCAGCAACAUCCCCUGUGGUGGUCUAGUUUAAAAGCCUUAAGUCUGUUAAAGGGUUCAGAGCUUGAUAAGUUACAGCGGCCAGGGAAAUAUACCUGUAGAUUGGGGCUGGCUGGCUCACGUUCUCCCAGCGUGCCGCUUGUGCCUAGGGCCUCCAACUCAAAAGCGUAUUGCUGUGUGCCAGGAAUGAAACGCGUGCUUGUUCUGUAACCCCUAGACACUGCAUACAUUGUUUCUCAAUUAAGCCAGUUGACAUAAGCAAAGCUGACAGGCGUUCACUCAAUCCCUCUGCUAUGGAAUCAGGUGGACACACGGUUUUAGUGCUUACACGUUAGCCUGGUCCCAGAUCUGUUUAUGUUGAAUUGCCAACUCCCAUGGUUAUUGUCAUGUCAAACCGAGAGUACCCUGAAGGAGAAGCCUUUUUUUCCCCCCAUGCAAACGGCCCUACCCACCAUACUUUGUACGUAGACACUACAGGUGCCAUGCACCAACGCACCGCGAGGAGAGAUGACCGUGAAGGUGCCAUGGACCAGAGACGUCCUGACCAGCGCAACAAACCAAUGAGGCAGAAGCGGCAAUGAGGCAGAGGCAGAUUCUUAAGAAGCUUCCGACCUAAGGGUUUUGCAUGACAGCGACCAUAGGAUUUAGCUAUACAGAAUAAACGAAUCCGGGGACCAGGCUACUUAUGCUACUUAUGCUGACAGUGGGAGAGAAUGUCAGUGGUCCUUCACUAUUCCAACUAUAUCCAAGUGCUUUAUCCUUCCAAUACUCAACCGCUCGUUGACUAUAUUGAUAUUUUUCAGCAUCAAAAUUGACCAAAGGCCCUUACCCUUGCUAUAGUAUUUAGAUUUUUUAAAAUAAAUCCAACCAUGUCAGAAUAGCCUGGUGUAUAGCUAGAUCUAGUUGUGUAUAAUGCACCAGUUGUGCGUAAUAUGCGUUUUCAUGACACACGUACAUGAACGAUGAGUUGUCAAACGCACAAGCAGAUAUUUGGCAUUGCCCAAAAUGAAGGUUAACUCUUAAAGACAUCUCAUCUGUUUGGCUAACCAAGUACCUUAACUCCAAGAUGAUUUAAUUCAUGGAGUUGAGUGCAGACUAGAGUUUUAUUUUAAUUUUUUAAAUUAUGAACCUCCGACUCCGUGCCUUAAAUUAUGAACCUCCGUGCAGUUGAUACUUAAAUUUUAAUUUUAAUUCUUAAACCCUUACCAUGUUUGUCCUCUGUUUGCAUGUCUUUCCUUGUUUGCUGAAAUCCAUACUUUUUAAUAAAACGUUAGUCAAAUAACACCACUGACUGUUUCCUUUUUGAGAUUCAAUUGACACGCGCGCAUUCACGCCGAGUUUGCCGUCUUAGAGCAACAGCAAAGAAGAAACAGUCGGUUGUAUUUUAGUACCGUGUAAUUAAAAAGUAGGGAUUUUUGCGAACAAAGGCCUGCAACAACAGACAAAGAUGGGUACAUGGUAAUGGUUUAGGAAUUUAAAUUUUUGAAGUAUCGACUGCAUAGUGAGUUGGGAGGUUCAAUUAAACUCUAGUCUGUGCUCAACUUUGUCAACGAAAUCAUCGUGGAGUUGAGGAACUUGGCUACCAUUUGGCAUGAGUCUAAAGGUUCAACAAUGGUGAAAGUAUCUUGAACAAUGCAUUGUCCAUUAUCAGCUAUAGGUAUUCUAACUCUGAUUUAAUGACCGGUAGUUGAGUGGUUUGCAUACUCCAGUGCUAGACCUCCAGUCCCUCCCUAUCCCUACUGAACAGAAUGAAAGAUUGACUCUUAAUAAGUGGCUUUCAAAAACCAGCACCUUUUAUUCAUGACAGUGAGCACACACUGUACUUUUGAAAAUAAUGCAACGUGAAAUUGUGUGCUUGAUCGGUUAGAUGGAAAAUGUGUAUUGUCAAGAUGAUAGAGGACUAAGCUACAUUAAAUCAAUUAAGCUCUGUAUCGCAAACGGAAGAGUCAGAAAUUAACAUGGCUCCCUUUUGUACCAAAUUGCACCCUAUCCCCUAUAUAGUGCACUAUAUAUAGGGGGUAGGGUGCAAUUUGGGACACCGGCAUUGUUUGAUGAAAAUAAAUAAGUGUAUUUGACCUACAGUACCAGUCAAAAGUUUGGACACACCUACUUAUUCAAGGGUUUUUCUUUAUUUAUACUAUUUUCUACAUUGUAGUGAAGACAUCAAAACUAUGAACUAACACAUAUGGCAUCAUGUAGUAACCAAAAAAAGUGUUAAACAAAGAUUCUUCAAAGUAGCCAUCCUUUGCCCUGACAGCUUUGCACACUCUUGGCAUUCUCUCUUAACAUGGAAUGCUUUUCCAACAUUCUAGAAGGAAUUUCCACACGCUGAGUACCUAUUGGCUGCUUUUCCUUCACUCUGCAGUUGUCCAACUCCUUCUAGACAAUCCCAAACCAUCUCAAUUGGGUUAAUGUUGGGUGACUGUGGAGGCCAGGUCAUCUGAAGCAGCACUCCAUCACUCUCCUUCUUGGUCAAAUAGCCCUUACACAGCCUGGAGGUGUGUUGGGUCAUUGUCUUGUUGAGAAACAAAUGAUAGUCCCACUAAGUGCAAACCAGAUGGGAUGGCGUUUUGCUGCAGAAUGCUGUGGUAGCCAUACUGGUUAAGUGUGCUUUGAAUUCUAAAUAAAUCACUGACUGUGUCACCAUCACACCACCUCCUCCAUGCUUCACUGUGGGAACGACACAUGUUUAGAUAAUCCGUUCACCUACUCUGCGUCUCACAAAGACACGGCGGUUGGAACCAAAAAUGUCAAAUUUUGACUCAUCAGAUCGAAGGACAGACUUCCGCCGGUGUAAUGUCCAUUGCUCAUGUUUCUUGGCCCAAGCAGGUCUUCUAAUUGGUGUCCUUUAGUAGUGGUUUCUUUGCAGCAAUUCAACCAUGAAGGCCUGAUUCACGCAGUCUCCUCUGAACAGUUGAUGAUUAGAUGUCUGUUGCUUGAACUCUGAAGCAUUUAUUUGGGCUGCAAUUUCUGAGGCUGGUAACUAAUGAACUCUAAUGAAUGGAGCCAGUUUCAUCAUAGCGCUUGAUAGUUUCUUCAAGUGCAGUCGCAAAAACAUUCAGUUCUUGAAAUGUUCCGGAUUUACUGACCUUCAUGUCUUAAAGUAACGAUGGACUGUCGUUUCUCUUUGCUUAUUUGAGAUGUUGUUGCCAUAAUAUGGGACUUGGUCAUUUACCAAAUAGGGCUAUCUUCUGUAUACCACCCCUACCAUGUCACAACACAACUGAUUGGCUCAAAUGCAUUAAGAAGGAAAGAAAUUCCACAAAUUAACUUUUAUCAAGGCACACCUGUUCAUUGAAAUGCAUUCCAGAUGACUACUUCAUGAAUCUGGUUGAGAGAAUUCCAAGAGUGCGCAAAGCUGUCAUCAAGGCAAAGGGUGGGUACUUUGAAGAAUAUCAAAUAUAUUUUGAUUUGUUUAAACCUUUUUUGGUUACUACAAAAACUAUUUCAUAGUUUUGAUGUCUUCACUAUUAUUGUACAAUGUAGAAAAUAGUAAAAAUAUAGAAAAACCUAUGAAUGAGUAGGUGUGUCCAAACUUUUGACUGGUACCAUAUUUUUCUUACUGAUAAAUGAGGCCUUUGAAUUUAUAUUUACUUGACCAUUGGUUAGAUUUUUAGGUUGCGAUUUUAGAUUUUUAGCAUCUGCGAAAUAGAGAGUUUAUAAAUACCAUUGAAUUUACAGGCCUUGAAUUUACAGAUGUGACUUAACAGCAUUUCGAGCCAAACAUUCUAUUUUCUUAACUGCUUUGAUACAUCUCUGAAAGACUCUUUAGUAUAAAAACUACCAAAUAAUUCUGAAUUUCUUCUAAUAAAAAUAUUUCCACAUU